GCCACGGUCGGGAAAACAGUAAUCGCCUGUACCUCGCAGCGAGCGGUCGCGCCGCGCUCCUCUCCGGUUCUCUCUCCUUCAGUUUUCAUACAAAAAAAAUUCCUAUUCGAAAAAAAAUCAAUAAAAAUAUCCGGGUUAAUUUCGCGUAAAAAAUGUAGUUUCCAGUCCGGUGGUAGCAGAAUUAAAAAUUAAUUCUUCUAUUUUUCACAAUGGUGCUCCCAAACAAAGCAAGUCGCGCGCUCAGUGGCUUGUUGCUUGCACCGAAGAAGCGGAUCGCAGCGUGUCUGGCGGUGUUACUCGUUGGAGUCUUCACCUACAUCGUGAUCUCCUCCGCUUCCUCUCGGCUGGAACGAGAGGAGCGGAUUGAGCAGCUCUUAGGUAGUAUGAGGGACCAUCUCGAUUACCUGGAUUCUCAGUACAGGGGAAAGCAAGAAGCGGUAUUGGCGUUACAGGCGAAGAUGUUUUCCGGCCGUGGUAACAGUUCUCAAAAUGGUCAUGAGUUCUCUUUGGCAUCACUGUCCCCAUCAGUCCAAAUACUACUAAAGAACAUGACAGGUAGUAAAGCAGCGGGAGGUGUUUACACGAAGCAUAUAUCACAGCUUCGUAUACCCUUCGUCUAUCAACUGCUGCCGCACCUUAUGGAUGACCCUCAGAGUCUGAGGCCAGCUUACCACAUGAGUGGUGGCAGGUCCUUCUGCGAAAUUGUGGUGGGAGUACCCACUGUCAAGCGUGACAAGGAAAGUUAUUUGAUGGUUACUUUAACGCAUCUCGUCACUGAGCUGACCCCAGCCGAUGUAAACAACACCCUCAUCGUGGUCAUGGUGGGGGAAACGGAGCUUGACUACGUGCUACAAAUUGCAAGGCAGAUCGAAACCAUGUUCCCAACCCAAGUCGAUAGUGGGUUGAUCGAAGUUAUAUCACCACGAGAUUCGUACUACCCAGACUUCGACAAACUUCCGGACACCCUAGGAGAUUCUCACAAACGAGUCAAGUGGCGCUCAAAACAGAAUUUAGAUACCAUCUUUUUAAUGGCAUACGCCCAAUCAAAGGGCACUUUUUUCCUCAUGGUUGAAGACGACAUCAUAGCCAAGAAAAACUACAUCCAGAUUAUAAAAAAAUUCAUAGCCACAACCACCGUGUCCAAUCCGAACUGGAUCUUCAUCGAAUUUUGCCACAUCGGGGGCAUUGGAAAACUGUUUCGAUCGGCGGAGCUGAUAAAAUUCAUCAACUAUGCCCAGAUUUUCUACAACAAUCUCCCAACUGAUUGGCUGCUCGAGAGUUAUUUGGCGGACCGUGUCUGCAACCUGGAGAAGACUGCUAAAAAAUGCGCAGCUGCCAAGGACAAAAUCAGGCCAAAAUUCAAGCCAUCACUCUUCCAGCACAUUGGUAUCUAUUCCUCAUUGAAGGGGAAAAUUCAUAAAAGUGGGAACGUGAAAUCCCGAGUGGCGCCUAAAUUCUUCCCUCAUACCGAUAACCCGCCACUGCGAACAAUAAAAACAGACAUCACCGAGCAUAGUGCGCACUCCCUUCAGAAGGCCUACGCAGGUCAAACAUUCUUUUGGGGUCAGAGGCCAAAGAAAGGAAACUUUGUAGAAUUCUGGUUCGAGAGACCCAUUGUUAUGACACACUACGUGUUCCGCAGCGGCAACCCAGACCACGUCCAAGAUCUAUUCUACAACACGACCCUGGAGGUCUUAGCUGCCCGUAAUCGUAGUAAUUUCACUGUGAUCGGAACUUUUGAUGAGUUCGGUCUUGCCGAAGACGAUCUUUCUAUGGGUCCCAUCACAGCCAUUCGCCUGAGUGUGCACCGCAACAGUAGCUUUUGGGUCAUUUUGAGUGAGAUCCAAAUAAAGGUAGGCCCAGCACCUGAGGCUAGGUGACAGAUAACCAACACAUUCUGGGACCGCAUUCUACGAAACCUGGUUCGAGCACCGAUGAUGUGAAGCGGUACAAGGUAGGAGCGGCCUGUUUUAACUGACAUAUUGACAUUUUGACAUUUUCGUGUAUCGAAUAUUGUAAUCUCAUGUAACCAAAUAAUAGAAUAUGUGACCUGUAGGAGUUUAGCGAAUACUUUGGACAUGGUACUACAGCUAUGGUUCUGUUUUGGACAUGUACUACUCUGAAUUUACUUAUCGGUUUUAAUGCACAUACUAUCAACGUAAUGCAAGAUUUGUAGGUCUUUUAAAAUCUUAUAUUGUAUCACUUCGACGCUUGAAAAUAGUUUUAGCUAAUAUCUACAUUAUUCGAGAGAAAUCGAUCGUCUUCCAUGGUCGUGAGUGUAACUUGUAACGUUACGCUUUCGUUAGUAGAAUAGUAACCAUUUACUAAUUAAACAUCCCUGUAAAAUAAUCUUGUCAAUCCUCUUUACCUUCGUCGGUUAACCUCAACCAUAGUGUUACAUUGGCAACCAUUAUUCUGUACAUUUCUAUUGCGAGGGAACUUUGUUGUCUCACUCUUGAGAACCCCAUUUCAUCACACGAACGACACUUAAUACUAGUUCCAAGUCUCCCUUAACUAAAUUUAACAAAUGCCAAUUAUAUUUAGAACAGUAUUUAAUCAUAGGUUAGGAUACUUUUCUUAACUUCAAUCACUAUCACAUCUACACUUGUACAAUAGAUUUUCGCAUCAAAUUUUUGACUUUUAAUACAGUACUUAACUUGAAUAAUUCAUAUAAACAUCAAAACACCUCUACUAUAGGCACAUCAUGACUCUGACUACACCGUCGUCACAUGGAUCAUCAUCAUGGAGAUCGAGAGAAAUAAUUAAAGCUAGUACUAAGUAAUAAUUAUUGUUAUUGAAUGUAUAAAAGCAAAGACAAAAAGUGAGCGCCUUAGAGUAGAGGAUUUGAUGUCGCGCCGCCGAGCGCUCAGUGUACAGUUUGUUGGUUUUCAACCGAGUUGGUAACAAGUUCCUAGCCUGAAUGCUGUUACGCGAAGAAAAAUAAUUCCGCGAUGAAAGAGUAUCCACAUUUUCUUCUUACGUUUAUCAUCUUACUAGAGAAUCCUUGCUUAGUUUCGUCUUAGCUGACCUACCUGACGACUGUAUGUGAUUCUGAAAACUUUCCAUCCAAUUUUUGGAAUGAUACACUUAAUCAAAUUCUAGUAAUUAACACUUCUCAUAAUAACAGUAAUCUUAUGUAUACAUUUCAAUCGUGUCGUACUCAAAAUAGGUGUCAAUCUGCUGGCCCCAUAACGCAGCAUCUACAAGUAAACAGAUCCUUUUUCAUAAAAAACCUUCAUCUUGCAAAACUAUUAAAAAAAAACAAAAUCUUUUUGGGUUUUUCACAAGAUCUUUCUAAAUACAAUACAGUUACGGUUCGUGUUUCCAAUACUUCAAACACGUUUUGUAUGUACGUUAAAUUUCAUCAACAGAUCCCCUCCGGUAGUUUCACAUUAGUCACUCCUUUCCAGAGAAGCCAUUUGAAAAUUCAUCUUCCCGUCGGAAUGGACACCACAAUACAAAAAAAAAACAGUUUAAAGAAGUAAAAUUAUC